AUGCACAAAUACAAACUGGAUGUUGUAAGUGCUGCAAAAGAUGUUACCAAGAUAAACAAGGCCAUAGUUGUAGGUUUCUUUUUUAAUGCUGCUAGGAAGGAUUCACAAAAAAGGAGAGGAUUGAAGAUCAUAGUUUCCAAUUUAGGGGACUGCAGAGCAGUUCUUUGUGGGAGUGGAGUAGCUGAAGUCCUUACGAGAGAUCAUAGAGCUGGACAAGAGGAUGAGCGGAGAAGGAUCAAGGAUAAGGGAGGCUACGUUGAGAUUCACAAAGGAGCUUGGAGAGUUCAUGGUGUACUCUCGGUUUCCAUAAGCAUUGGAGAUGCUCAUUUGAAGGACUAG